UGCUUUGACAGAGGCAAUGGAUCACCGUUUUGUUCGCCUUUAAGCACCGAUACAUGGUACCAAGGAUCGACCCAUGAGUUUAUAUGGAAUUACAAUCAUCCUUUCUACGUCGAUGUGGAGUUGAUCAAUCUGUUUUUGUAUUACCAAGAAAAUUACGCUUUUCGAGCCGUUCGAAAUUGGACCGACAUUGACCGUGCGGAAGGAUCGCUUCAAGUCAAGAUCGAUAGUACUUGGUUUCCCACCGAUUUGUCACCAGACACCGUCAAUCGAACAUGGACACUUUACGGAUUUUAUCUUCCCACCGAAUUGGACCCCACAACCGAACUCGUCAAUCCAUACAGUCAAUACCCGCGGCCUUUUAAUUUCUCGGUCGUUCGUAAGUGUUCUUUUGUCUCGUGA